ACAUUUCCCAUCAUGCUCUCUUGCGGCGUGACUGCGGGCGCGCAGGUAAAGCGAGGAAGUCGUCUGUUCUGCUGCUGACCGAACAGCAGUUUAGGGGCAGUCGCAUUUUUUGUUGCUCUUUAUGCAGAAUGUGCAGGGAGAUGAUCUUUGCUUCCUAGAAAGAGAGCGGGGUCUGCACUGCGUUUGCUUUUGAUAGGAUACAGGGCUUUAUAGAAGGCGGACCCGCACCCUCAGAAUUGCAAUUGUGCAAUUCUGCAGAUCUGGACAGUCGGGAUCUUCUGGAUUCUGAAGAAUGGUGCAACCGAAGACAAUUUUCUUUUUUACUUAGCUUUUCCCCUCCUACACACCCCUGCCCCUCUUUUCUAGCCGGUGUCUGACUGCAGAGGGGAAUAGCCUGCCUCUGAAGAAGAGUUAGUGGGCUAAAAAUAAUAAACAAAAACCCAAAUUGUUGAGUGCUGCAUAAUAUUUUGUCCUGAAGCUGCUGAUCGCGCGAGGCAACCAGGCCUAUAGCGCAGCUCAGUCGGAGUGUUUAGUUUUAGAACCAGCGCCUAGAGAUGAUGAGGAAUGACCUGUCCGUGGCGCUUGCUGGCAUCGGCGGGGCAGGGAGCCUUUUAAGAAGCAGCGAGCCCGUGUCUCUGUCUCCAGUGGCGUCCCAAGCAGCUUCCUUACUGGAAGAGGCUGCAGAUCUGCUGGUGAUGAACAGGGACUUCGCGGCUGCUCUGGACAGGUGCGAGAAAGGCUGCGAGAGGCUCAGGAAGGACCUCGAGAAUGAAGAUGCUGACAGGUAAGUGCUGAAUUGAGGCAGAGGUCGGGUGAGAACUGGGAAGAGUGGGAUUGAUCAGUGCCAGAUUUAGGUAUGUGCUGAGCUACCUGCAGCCCAUGAACUAGGGGGUGGGGCUCAUCCUUUUUAAAAUAAAAAAACCAGGCAGAUUUUAUUACCUAGGCCCAGUUGCUUAGUAAAAUUAAACACACAAUGUUUAUGUGUCUAUGACUGUGUAUGAGUUACACAAUUGCGUACUUACUAUUUAGUAAAGUUCGUGGAGGUUUUAUGCUGCUCAGAAUCAAAUAAUAAAGGCAGCCAUGAAGCAAUACAGUGUUCGGAUCACUGUCUAGCAUUAUAGAGUACAUUUUGAGAACAAGUGAGGAUUAUAACAUAGCUGUGAUUCCCCUAUGAAUGUUCUCUGUGAAUGUCUUUGAUAAUUCCAUACUUUUGUAAACUUACUAAACUCCUAGCCCGUGGCCUCCAGUUGCUUUAAUCCAGUCCUGGAAUUGAUGUCGUUCUUCUAAAGGGAAUUAAAUAACGAUAUUUAUUCCAGUACCUGUUAGCACAAAUGGCAGAAGAAUGCAGUUUCUUACAGAAAAAGAUAUUUUACCAUGUUACAGCAGAGGGACGGGAAGGGUAAAAUGGCCACUGGCUGUGCUGGAAGACAGCAACUUCCUGCUCCUCCUCUCCUUGAACUUCUCCUAUUACCAUCUGGUUAUUAUAAAACUUUGUAAAUAAGAACUACUGUCUGUGUUUGCUCCCCCCCAAUACCUUUGCCUUUUCUGUCAUGCCUUUUAGAUAGCCCUUGCCCCCAGACUUCCAAUCUUGUUGCUGAUCUUUGUGUGGCACACUGGGAGUCCUUUUCAGCAGCAGAGUGAGGUUAAUUUUUAAUAAUAAUAAUAAUAAUAAUAAUUACAUUUUGUGCAUCUCUUUUCUGAAUCAGCUCUGAAGAACUGAAAUGCUCCUUAUGCACUGUGGGUAUCCAGGCCUUGGCUGAGAUGAACCGAUGGAGAGAAGUCCUUCCUUGGAUUCUUCAGUACUAUCACGAUCCUGAAUGUUGGCCUUCCAGAAUUCUAGAGCUGUGGUGGGUUCUGCUCUUAUAGACGCAGAGUUAUAUUAUUGUAUUUUGGGGGGUGGCAAGCCUGUUACUGGACUGUACCAGUUUAGGCUGCGGGUGGGGGCUUGCAUAGCUGAAUGCACCUUCAUGCAGAUCAGUUCCCUGCAUACAGAAAACUAGAUAUCUGGGAGAAAGAGGCAUUGCACCCUAGCCUUCUGCCAGACAUGCUAGCUUUCUGUGUGUAUGGAUUUUCUUUUUUUAUGGAGAUGCAGUAAGUCAUAUGAUCUCUCCUGAAGGAGCGUCUCCAUCCCCAUCGUUCAACCCAGACACUGAAGUCCAGUGCUGAGGGCCUUCUGGUGGUUCCCUCACUGCAAGAAGCGAAGUUACAGGGAACCAGGCAGAGGGCCUUCUCGGUGGUGGUGCCCGCCCUGUGGAACGCUCUCCCAUCAGAUAUCAAAGAAAUAAACAACUAUCUGACAUUUAGAAGACACCUGAAGGCAGCCCGGUUUAGGGAAGUUUUUAAUGACUGAUGUUUUAAUGUAUUUUUAAUCUUUUGUUGGAAGCCUCCCAGAGUGGCUGGGGAAACCCAGCCAGAUGGGCGGGGUAUAAAUAAUAAAUUAUUAUUAUUACUAUUAUUAUUAUUGUGUCUGGGAAGGACGUGUUGCUUGGAGAGUGUUCUGAGGGCCAGAUAGAGCCCUGCACUAAAUUAUGCUAGCUCCCUCUGUGUCAAGGGCUUUCUUGAGAAUGCAUAAGAAAAAUAAUAUGCAAAUACAAUGGUGUCAUUAUAAUAAUAUUAAAGUGGUGGUAUUGCUUUGUUUCCCUCUCAGCAUCCUCCUGCAUAGUAAAGUGGAAGAACCUCAUGUGAUGCUAGAAGUCGCCAGAGAUUGGUUACAUUCCUCAGCCAAUCAGCACCUGCCUAGUUACGGCCUCUUGGCUCAGCUGCACCUGUUCCAUGUGCUGUUGCCGCUCAGGCUCUUUGCGGAGGCAGAGGACCUAAUCCGAGAUAGUAAAGCAUUGAGCAAAGAGCAACAGGUGGAGGCCUAUGAGAGCAUUAAGGAGCAGAGGCAGCAGUGGCUGCAGAAGGAAGAGGAGGUGCGCCAGCUUCCCGAGGAGCGGCCAGAAAUGGUGUGGAAGCAACGGUUGGGUAGGCUUUUCUUAAAAGCAAUCUUAUGUGUUUUGUAGCUGAAACCAUAGAUGCCUGGAGUAUAUAAAUUUUCUUGCCAUCUGGAAACAAAGCCUUAUGAGGAAUGGUUGAAGGAGGUGGUUAUUGUUUAGCCUGGAAAAGAGGAGAAUGAGAGGAGAUAUGAUAGCCAUCUUCAAAUAUCUGAAGAGCUGUCACAUGGAAAAUGGAACAAGCUUGUUUUCUCCUUCUCUGGAGGGUAGGACUCGAACCAAUGGAUUCAAAUUACAAGAAAGGAAAUUGCGACUAAACUUGAGGAAAAACUUUCUGACAGUAAGAGCUGUUUGACAGUGGAACAGUCUCCCUUGGGAGGUUGUGGACUGACCUUCCUUGGUGGUUUUUAAGCAGAGGUUGAAUGGCCAUGCUUUAGCUGAGAUUCCUGCAUUGCUGGGGGUUGGACUAGAUAACUCUUGAGAUCCCUUCCAGCUCUACAGUUCUAUUAUUCUAGUAAGAGAAUUGCAGUCCUACAGUAUUCAGACAGCUUAAUGAAAUUGUUGGGUGAAGGAGACACACUUUCAACAUCUUCACUGGGUUUUACUAUUAGCAUAGAUAAAGCAUUUGCUAAGGGGCAAAAGCAUUUCCUUGAUCAGCCACAAGAAAUCGGUGAUGGCUGUACAGUCCUCACAUGACAACGGUGGUGUCUGGAGAGCUUGUAAGGGAGGUUAUUUUUCAUGGAAUCUUCUCUGGAAAUAACUUUUAAAAGUUUCUUUUGAGCGGUGCCUCCUCACCACUUUCCCUGGCGUAACGUCUUCCUUUUGUUUUGCAGGUUUGGUAUCCCAAAAGGUGUUGACCAUAUUGGCACAGCUGGGUCGAGUGCUGGGAUCCUUGGCAGGCCAGCUGUGUUCCAUCCCCUACAGAAAGACACUCUUGGCUGCUUUCAUGUUGUGUCUCAUUGUCGUGAGACUUGACCCAGGUAUACUUGAGAGAGGGGAGACAGUGGGAGGGGAAGGGAAAGGAGAAGUAUCCAGCUGUUACUGUGUGAAAUAUUUAGCCUAUGUGGGGGCGUAUCUGGAAUGGCAGUGUGUGUGUGUGUAUUGACACACAGUGCUGCUUGGCCAUGUUUGGGAUUUCAGGAAUGACUUGUAAAGCACAGACUGCUUGGGAUAUGGUCAAGUCUGCCGUAUCUGGAGUGGGAUGGAAUGAGAGCCCCAAAUUCAACCGAGGUCCAGGAGCAAAGGAGUAGAAGGCCUGGCAGGGAGUAGCUGCAUAAGAACCAAGUAUACGACAGUUUCCUGAGUUAGACUCUUGGCUGAUCUAGCACUGGCAAUGGCUCACUCGAGUUUCAGGCAAGGAGUCUGGGAACAGUAGUUUUAGGUGCUGGGAAUUGUAGCUUUCUGAGGGGUCUUCUAACUACUCUCAGCUACCUUAACGAACUACAGUUCCCAGGUUUUUUUGGGGGGCGGAGCCGUUGCUGUUAAAGUGAUAUGACAGUGUUUUAAACAUAUGGUGCAUGUGAUACCUUAGUGGUUUAUUUUAGUUGUAUGAGAACCCUUGGGACAUUGGGUGUUUACAAUUGGAGGAGGAAUGUUUGACCAAUGUCGUGAAUAAUAUUUGCUUAUUGUUAUGGGUAGAUAUGAGAAAUGAAAGUCAUCAUCAUCUUCUUCUUCUCUUUUCCAGCAUCGCCCACUUCUCUGCCCUUCCUCAACAGGCUAAUCCAGCUUUUCCAUCAAGCCCGCUUGGCUGCAUUUUCACCACACUACAGGCCUCCAAUUCAAGACUAACUGACUCCACUGCCUUCUGUAUGAUGCUGAAGCAGUGCUUGUUGGAGGACCGUGGAGAAGCCACUUGCAAGUCAAUGAAGGUGACUGCAGCUGUUGAGAGAGCACCUGCAGUGAGGCAGAGACUUCUUCGAGAAUUAAGGAUAGUGGCAGGGCAGUAUCUGGGCGGGGUGUCUGCUGUGCCAUGACCACAGCGAUGGGACUGAUAAAGCAUUUCCAUGAUAGAUAGUUGGAAUUUGGUGACUUUGUAUAUGAUCACUUAGAAACACUUGGCAACUAGAUAUCUUUAUAACUGAGUUCUUGGAGCUUCUGUUUAAGGCUGAUUUUUUUUUUGUAUUUUUGAUUCUGUGAUGUUGAUUUAUGUAUUAUAUAUGUAUGCUUGUAACAUUAAUUUUAUUUAAAUCACUUCUGUCUUGGUUUUUGGUCCCAGUUAGGAAAUGCCCCUGUCCCCCGACAGAUCGCAAGCUGUGAUCACGUCCACACCAUUCGUUUAAAGCAGAGUUUCCCAAACUUGGGUCUCUGGCUGGUUUUUUUUACUACAACUCCCAUCAUCCAUAGCUAGCAGGACCAGUGGUCAGGGAUGAUGGGAAUUGUAGUCAAAUAAACAGCUGGACACCCAAGUUUGGGAAACCCUGGUUUAAAGCAAAUUUAUAGCACUUUUAACAGUCAUGACUCCCCCACCAAAGAAUCCUGGCAACUGUAGUUUACCCCUCACAGAGCUGCACUUUGCAGCACCUUUCACAAACCACAGUUCCCAGGAUUCCUAGUGGGAAGCCAUGUGCUUCAAAUGUGUCAUGUGGAUAUCAUCCAAAUGGACAGAGGUAAUAAAAUGAAGCAGAGAGCAAAACAAAGCUAGCCACAUUACAACUCCUAGCAGCAAAGGGAAAAAAAUCCUCCAAAGGCUGCUAGAAAAUAAAGGUAUUGACAAAUAAGGGGACUAACCAGGACAGCCAAGGAAGGGUGUUCCAUAAUUUGAGCAGUGCAACCCAAUGGACUCUUCCCCAUGAUGUGGUUAACCAAACCUCCACUGGCAACAGGACAGAGUGAGGCCUCUGAUGAAAAUCACAGUGGGUGGGCAGGCUCACAUGGAAGGCUGAAAUUCUUCAACUGUCUGGUCAAAAUCCCUUCCUUAGGGUCCCCAAGCGCUUGACAGCCAAGCUGAUUGUUGGGUGCCCAUUGGGCAAGUGCAAAGGGUGUUUUGUAAGCCACCCAGAGCUGCUGUUUUAAACUUCUCAUGUCCUUGAUUUAAAGAGGGAAUGUGGGGAAGCUUUUCAAAGGGCUUUAAGGGCAAGAGCAAGUGCUGGAAACAAGCAGGUAGGCAGAACUGGAGUUAAUAGGCUCAAAAACGCAAGUCUAGCUGCUGCAUUUGGCACUGGCUGAAGUUUCCAAACACUUCAGCAGCCCAGCAAAGUGUGUGCUGCAGUCAUUGUCUAGAAGCACCCAAGACCACAAGCUUGGUUUUUCAAGGAAACUGCUAUCCCUUCCAGUAAAGGUGUGUGUCUAAUCUUGGAUUGGCUUUCCUACUGAUCCAGAAGUACCUCUGUCUUGUCUGGCUUAAAGUAUCAACUCAUUGGCCCACAUUCAACCCACCACUGCUCUCAAGUUGCAGUUCAGGAUCUGCACACCCUCCCUGGACGGAAGGAAGGAAAUGCAAGCUAGAGAUGGGUGUCCGCAGCAUAUUACUGACACCAGAUAACCUCCUAGCUGUUUCAUGCAAGUGUGAAAUAACGCAGGGGACACACUGGAGUCCUUUGUGAUGUAGGGAAGAGGCCAAGGAAUUAAACACGAAUCUCUAAAUGCCCUGUUCAGCAACUGACUUGCAAGGUAAGACUACAGCCACUGCUAAACAGCACCUCCCAUCCCAAAGGGGUGGUCAAUGGUAUUAAAAGCUUGUUGCGAGGUCCAACUGGCCUGCAGUCCCCUUGUUCAGCUCACAGCACAGGUAAUCCACUAGUGUAACAGCUAUUUCAGUGCCAAAACCAUACUGCAAAGGAUAAAGAUCGUACGUUGAGCACUUUGCCCAAGUAGCAUAAAUAGGAAACCAGCAGGUAAUCGCCUAGGAUGGUGGGAUCUGAUGAAGGCUCCUUUGAUAAUGCCUUACAACUCCUUCCUUCAGUCCAUACGGUACUUCACCAUUCUUUACAACCUGCCCCAUCCAACUGACCUGCCCUGCUCUGGCUGCCUUAAGGAGUCAGGAUGGGCAAGGGCCAAGAGGACAGAUGAUCAGCCUAACACCUCCAAGCACCUCAUCCACAUCCUCAGGCUGAAGGAGCUAAAACAUACCUAUUAAAACAGGAUGAGCAGGUAACAGCCUAUGAAGUGCCCUUGCUGGAUCAGAUCAAAGGCCUAUCUAACUCCACCUCCAGUUCUCACAGCAGCCAACCACAUGCCUAUGUGAAACCUGCAAAAAAGUUAUGAAUGCAACAGCAGUACCAGAUGACAGCAGGAAUAGCAUGAUGCUCUUAAUCCCAGGGUCGGCAGCGAGGCUCCUCACAGGGUCUCUGCCAUGGGAGCAUAUUCACCCAGUGCUUUUCCAGCUGCACUGGCUCCCGGUGGAGUACAGGGUCAGAUUUAAGGUGCUGGUUUUGACCUUUAAAGCCCUUUAAAGGCCUAGGACCCUCAUACCUACGGGACCGCCUCUCCCGGUAUGCCCCAUGGAGAGCCUCAAGGUCCAUACAUAGCAACACCCUAGUGCUCCCGGGCCCUAAGGAAGUUAGAUUAGCUUCAACCAGAGCCAGGGCCUUUUCAACACUGGCUCCGGCCUGGUGAAACGCUCUGCCUCAUGAGACCAGGGCCCAGGCUUGGAGCCAAUUUGAUUCCCUCCCCC